ACCUGUCCGUCCGAACGUGAUAAAUAUGGCGGCGGCCGUCCUUCGACGAGAAGGAUCGUAGCGUUUGCGCAGGUUGGCGAAUCGAAAACGAUAGAUCGGGCAGUUCAAUUCGUUACAGUCGCUUACUAUCGUUGACGUUAAGCGAAACCCCCCUUUUUUUCAUGAGACAUCAAUACUCUAAAUAUUGACCACACCUUUUCCGGUGAUCUAGCAAUAACAAACUGUUCCUCGCUCUUACGACUGAGAACGACAUUUGACGUCGGAAAAUGGCGGAGAGGAAAGCAGUGAACAAGUACUACCCACCGGAGUGGACGCCUGGCCAUGGAUCCAUCAACAAAUUCCGAAACUCUCACCCCUUGCGGGACAGGGCUCGGAAACUCCACCUGGGCAUUCUUGUCAUCAGGUUCGAGAUGCCGUACAACAUCUGGUGCGACGGCUGCGGCAACCACAUUGGCACCGGGGUGAGGUACAACGCGGAGAAGUCGAAGGUCGGGAUGUACUACUCCACCCCCGUCUACAAGUUCCGCAUGAAGUGCCACCUCUGCGACAACCACUUCGAGAUCAAGACCGACCCGCAGAACAUGGACUACGAGAUUGUGUGCGGUGCAAGGCGCCAAGAGAGGAGGUGGGAUCCGACCGAAAACGAGCAAGUUGCUCCGGACGACAAGGAAGUUGGAAAGAAGUUGGCCACGGAUGCCAUGUUUAAGUUGGAGCACGGCGAGGACGACAAGGCGAAGGUGAAGAUAGCCACUCCCUCGCUUGCCAGACUAGAGCACCUUCAAGACCGCUGGAGAGACGACUACACCGCAAACCAGCUCCUGCGCAAGGGCUUCAGGACAAAGAAGAAGGAACUGCAACUCCAGGCAGAGAAGGACAGAGCUUUGCUCGCCAAGUCGUCUCUUCAGAUCAGCCUUGUUCCAGAGGCGUCGGAGGACGGCCGAAUAGCCAAGCUGCUUGCCCUGAUGCCGACACACACCUCGGACGAAAGGCAGAGGCUGAAGAGGACGGAGAUCACGGAGCGGCCACUGUUUCCACCGUCCAGUGCGCAGCAUCCGAGGGCCAAGGCACCGACCGAGAAAACGGGCUCGGCGCUGUCGGGACUCGUAAAACACCCCAAGAAGCCAAACCCGGUGGACGAAACUGAGCCUUCUGUUUCGAAGGAGCCCAGUAGCACCAACUGCUCUCUGGUAUCCGUAGACUACUGCAACGAAAGCUCCGACGAAGAAACAUAGCCUAUCUAGUCGCGCGGGGGGGAGUGUGUUUUUUCUCUCCCCUUCAGCUGUGUAAAUAUGGCGAAACCUAAAUCAAAUGCGGACUCGUUAGCUGUUCCAUUACCUUUUGUACAUAGCAGCAAUUGUCUUUACUCGAACAGCUGUUUUGACUCUGUUGUUUAAUUCUGUACGGAAGACAGCCAAUAUGGAUACAUUACUCGAGGGUUGGGGAUAAGAACUAAGAAAUAAAGCUUUUGAACUUCUUGCA